UGACUACAAUCAACAGUCAACUUCAGUGUAUAGAUAACCGUUUAUGAGUAUUGGUUGUUUGGCGGGUAUUUGAGCGGCUCGAGAGGAUUGCGAAAAUUUUAUCGCUUCUACCGCCUACACUUGUUUUAUAAAUAAACAAUCGUGUUUAGUGAAUCUGUGAAUUUGAAACAAGAAAAAUGACCAACGCACCAGUGAAAAAAGUGCCUAUACAUUUACAGAGCUCCCAAAACCGGCUGCUGAUCAAGAAUGGUCGGGUUGUCAAUGACGAUGGCAUGGAAGACGCUGACGUGUACAUUGAGGAUGGUAUCAUCAAGCAAGUGGGCCGAAACCUCAUAAUCCCGGGGGGCACGCGCACUAUCGACGCGACGGGCAAGCUGGUGAUGCCAGGUGGUAUCGAUCCCCACACCCACUUCGAGCUCGAGAUGAUGGGGGCGAAGACAGCUGAUGACUUUUACAAGGGUACCAGAGCCGCGGUGGCGGGGGGUACAACUACUGUCAUUGACUUCGUCCUACCUCAAAAGGGACAGUCUCUUAUAGAAGCAUAUAACAACUGGAGACAAAAGGCCGAUAACAAGGUAUGCUGCGACUACGCCCUCCACGUGGGGGUAACUUGGUGGUCACCAUCAGUCAAAAAGGAGAUGGAACAGCUGGUCUCCGAGCAUGGGGUCAACUCGUUUAAGAUGUUCAUGGCGUACAAGGACGCGUGGAUGCUGGAUGACUAUGAGCUGAUGGUUGCUAUGGAAACCUGUGCGGAAUUACGGGCGUUGGCUCAGGUCCACGCAGAAAACGGUAACAUCAUAGCUCGAAACACCGAAAAGCUGUUAGCAUCUGGCAUAACAGGACCCGAGGGUCACCAACUCUCGAGAGAUGAGGAGGUGGAAGCCGAAGCGGUUAACAGAGCCUGUGUUAUUGCUAACCAGGUAAACGCGCCGCUGUACAUCGUGCACAUAAUGUCCAAAAGCGCUGUGAAAGCGCUGCGCAUAGCGCGCUCGAGGCAGAACCCGCCGGUGUACGGUGAGACGCUCGCCGCUACCGUCGGCACUGACGGUACGCAUUACAAGAACGCGUGCUUCCGGCACGCGGCGGCACACGUGCUGUCGCCGCCGCUGCGCCCCGACCCCGACACCCCCGACGCCAUCCUUCAGGCGCUUGCUGAUGACGACCUGCAGCUAAUCGGCAGCGAUCACUGCACCUUCCAUGAAAAGGACAAGGAGCUCGGAAAGAACGAUUUCACCAAGAUCCCGAAUGGGGUCAACGGGGUCGAGGACCGCUUGGCCAUCUUGUGGCAGAAGGGGGUUAAUACAGGUAUAAUGGACCCGUGCCGGUUCGUGUCGGUGAGCAGCGCGGCGGCGGCGCGGAUCUUCAACCUGUACCCGCGCAAGGGGCGCGUGGCGGCCGGCGCCGACGCCGACCUGCUGGUGUGGGACCCGCGCGCCGAGCGCACCGUCUCCGCCGCCACGCACCGCCAGGCCGUCCCCUUCAACAUAUUCGAGGGUCAGCACGUAGUGGGCGGUCCACAGUACGUUAUUGUGAACGGACGCGUGUGUCUUGACGAUGGGGAGCUAAGAGUUGUUGAAGGUCUGGGCAAAUUCCUGAAAACGCCACCAAACUGCCCCUACAUAUACGGCGGUGGGGAGGAGAUGCCGCGCACCCCCCAGAAGGUGGACUACCCCGAGCCCACCACCCCCAACCGGGUUACCAACGGCACACCCACUAAUGACGUGAGCGUGGCCACGAAGCAGCUGGACGGCAUGUCGGUGACGUCGUCCGGCUGCAGCACGCCCACCGGCCGCAAGAUGCGCGAGCCCGGCCAGCGCGACCUGCAGAACUCCACCUUCUCCAUCAGCAAAGAAAUGGAAGGGCUGGACCAGAAGACAUCGGUUCGCGUGAGGAACCCGCCCGGCGGCAAGUCGUCCGGCCUCUGGUAGAAACCGGUAUUUACCGGAUUUUGUCUAUAACCGGUGUUCAAUGUAAACCGGUGGUGAUCGCAACACUUUUGCUUGUGAAAAAAAUGUUUAUUUAUUCGUUCUUUAAGUUGACAAUUGUUUAAGAAUCAUUUAAUAACUAUCAGCCUCAGUUUGUGAGUGAAAUUAUUGUAUUUCUCACGUGAUUAAUUUGAAUUCAAAAUUAACAAUUAUAUUGGCUUAUUUAACGAUUGCUUGCAUGAGCUUAAGAUAUAUUUUUUAGAACAUUACUUCAGGUAUGUAAAUCAUAAUAAAUUUGGAUUUAUUUUUUUUAUUGUCCAAUUUGGAAACUAUUCAUGGUUCACAUGAGCUACCAAAUAUAUUUUCACAAGCGAGUGUAAGUUACGUGUUUCGAAAUAAUCGUGAAAA